CAGAGUCCACUGAUGUCACCAAGACUGGCUCACACUCAAAGCCCCAUGAUUCAGCAGUCUCAGGCUAAUCCUGCCUAUCAGUCCUCUACGGAGAUGAAUGGGUGGGCACAAGGGAAUAUGGGUGGUAACAGCAUGUUUUCACAACAGUCCCCACCACAUUUUGGGCAGCAAGCAAGCACCAGCAUGUACAACAAUAACAUGAACAUCAGUGUAUCCAUGGCAACCAACACAAGUGGUAUGAACAACAUGAACCAGAUGACAGGGCAGAUCAGCAUGACCUCAGCGACCUCUGUGCCUACAUCAGGGUUGUCCUCCAUGGGUCCUGAGCAGGUUAAUGAUCCUGCUAUGAGGGGAGGCAAUCUUUUUCCAAACCAGCUGCCUGGAAUGGAUAUGAUAAAGCAGGACGGAGAUGCAGCACGGAAAUACUGCUGACCCUGAAGGUGGUUCGGUUGCUCCUUUCUUCAGCUGACUGGGCUUACGGCCCCAAAUCCUUACCAGUUUGAAGAGCUGCAUCUAUUUGUCGUGACCCAGCUGAGCUGCCAGUGCCAGCAGCAGCUGCCUGCUGCCGCCAGGACUCAGCCCUGCCCUCCCGAGGGGAGCCGGGUGGUCGUUGCCGAGGAGCAGCCUCUUCUUUGACAGUCUGAAGCUAGCGUACAGACAGUUGCUCAGUCUGUUCACUGCAUUCACCUUAGUGCAACUUAGAUCUCUCCUGCAAAGUAAUUGUUGACAGGCAAUUUUCAUAAACCAUGUCAGAUUGAAUGUAUUUAAAUGUAUGUAUUUAAGGAAAAA